CUCCGUGAUGUUCUACAGGUCACCUUCAACCAUGUCGCCGCCCUCCAAAAACCGAUUCAAGCGGCAAAGUCGGAUAUUCUCCCAGGUCUUGUAUCGGACGCUGAGCUACAAGGACCGCGGCUCGCUGGCUGGUUAUUUGGGGGCGAACAAGGAGGACCCAUCUGAGCUCUCCACCCAAGUUUCGGCUCCUGGAGUUCUCAAGAUCUUUGGAUGUCACAUCUCUGUAGGCACCCAUUACAAAAGUGUCUUGGCCACCGGAAGCUCAAGUGCCCGAGAGCUGUUGAAAGAAGCCCUUGAGAGGUAUGGGCUCAGCAGGGUAGAUGUGGGCCAUUACGUCCUCUGCGACGUGGUCGGGACCUUCGCUGGCUCGGAGAAGCAGUGGAAGAUGGAAGGGCUGAGAAUCCUGAGGGACCACGAGAAGCCGCUCGUGAUCCAGGACCUUUGGAAGCCGCGGGAAGGUUUCUCUCGAAGGUUUGAGCUCCGGAGGAGGUCCGAAGUGGAGGAGAUGACGGCCAAGGACAAAGACACCGUCACCGCAGGAAUUAACGCCCAGGCUCGGAAGCUCCAGCGCAACCGCACCAAAGGCACCAUGACCCUAUUGAGGGCUUGCCAUACUUCGCCCCCCAGCCUUCGGCGCACCGUCAGCGAGACCAGCCUUAGCCAAGCGGGCCCACCGGAGGACCAGAAAGAGGAGGGGCCUCUUCGGCGGCACUACUCCACACUGCCGGAGACCCUCCGAUGCAUGGAAGGGGUACCGGAUGGGCGAGCGGCGGCUGCCCUUGAAGAGCCGAAUGGGGGUAACACCUUGAGACUCUCACUCUAUCAGUCCCCACAUCUGCUGCUCCUUCAGGGAUACAGCCAGCAACACGACAGGCUGGUGUACCUCUUGAACCGCGAGCAACACACCGUUGGCCAACGGACUCAAUCCAGCAAGCCGAGCAUUAGCCUCUCGGCGCCCGACAUCCUUCCUCUCCACUGCUCCAUCCGGCGGGCGAAGCUGCCCACCCGUUCUCGCCACCGCUCCGAGGAGAAGCUCAUCUUGGAACCCAUCCCGGGCGCCAGCGUCUCCAUCAACUUCUCCGAGGUGCGGAAGACGGCGGUGCUCCGUCACGGCGACCUCAUCUCCCUCGGCCUCUCCUACCUCUUCCUCUACAAGGACCCGCUCAAAACUCAGCUGCUGCCCACCCAGACGCUGGUGAAGCUGAAGGCCAUGCGCCGGGCUCCCGAGCUGUUGUCAUCGACCCCCUGCAAGAUGUGUGGCGCCCACUUCAAAGACAAAGCCUCCUCUUCCAAAAAGCAAGAGGCCCAGCCCUCCUCCGGCCGGAAGAGCAGCCGGAGGAAGCUGCAGCUGGAAUUUGACAAGGCCAACGAAGACCUCCUGCUGAGAAGGAUCAUGACCCUCAUCGAUCCCACCGGAGAUGACCACAAGUUGACCCCGGCCUUCUUGCUGUGUCUCUGCAUCCAGCACUCGGCCACCCAUUUUAGGCUGGGAGACUUUGGGCAGAUGCUACUCAAGGCGACGAAGAUGGUUCAGAAGAGCGUGUGG